GCGCGUUCACGGUAACCAAAUCGACGGGCAAUGAGCAAAUGCACUCUCAAUAGACGAGUUACGUAAACGAAAGAAAAUGCGGACUGCUUAGAAAGGAAGACAAAGAAACAAAGACAAGCAGGAACAUGGCAAAUCAUGCUGUCCUUGUGGGACUGUUCGAGAGUAACAAAACCUUCGAUUAUGAUGAUUAUGAUUACGAGGAGGUGGUCUGUCCGUCCAGCACCGUCUCUGGAGCUUUGGCGGUCUUCAUGCCCCUGCUUUACUCUUUGGGUUUCUUAUGGGGGCUGCUGGGAAACGGACUGGUGCUGGCAAUACUGUGGCUUAAGAGGAAACUGAGUGUGAUGGACAUCUUCAUCCUUCUUCUGAGUUUAACAGACAGCCUGCUGCUCUUUACACUUCCUCUCUGGGCAGUAGAUGCGGUCAAGGGAUGGAUCAUGGGAGCAAAGCUCUGCAAACUGUCUGGAGUUCUGUUUGAGAUCAAUUUGUACUGUGGUAUCUUCACGUUGGCCUGCCUCAGUGUUGACUUCUGUCUGUCCAUUGUCCGUGGGGUACAACUGUUUUCUUGUAAAAAGCCUGUGGUGGUUUACUGUUGCUGUCUGAUUAUUUGUGUCCUCUGCCUGCUCCUUUCCAUCCCUAACUGGAUCUUUCUGCGCCCUUUCAGGGCCUCAGAUGAGAGUAAAAAGGAAUGUAUUCACUUUUAUCGGCCUGGUUCUCAUCGGUUUGCCUCUCGUUUUCCACAUCUUUUUGUUCUACCGAUACUUGUGCUGCUGUGCUGCUGUUCCUUCAUCCUGCUGAAGUUACGGCACAACUUAAAGUGCCAGCAGAAGAAGAAGGGCCAAAGGGCGGCUAUCAUUUCAGUCCUUGUGCUGGUUUUCUUUAUCUGCUGGACACCCUACAACAUUACCUUCAUCGUGAACACUUUUCAGACAGCGGAGAGCAUCUCUUCAGCAGUGGCAGAAGAGUGUGAAGGGAGGCAGUGGACAGCUAGCAAAAUAACAGCAGUUUUGGGGCUUCUCCAUUGUGUUGUUAAUCCUGUCAUUUACCUCUGUCUCUCCAAAGAGUUCCGGCAUCGUGCACUGAAGAUGACAAAGUUCAGAGCUUGUAAAACAGAGAGUGAUGAUGAUGUUUCACUUUGGGACUCUAGUGUAGUAAACAGAAACACAUCUGUCCAAGAGGAAAAAGGUUCAUUACAACCUAUGAAUGACAUGGAUUCAACAUUUAAACCCCAGGAUCAGGAUUCAUGAAAAAUAUGGAUCAUAAAACAUUGACUGCCGGACAUUCCUAAAAUGUUUGUUAUGCGUUCUUCAUUUAACAUGUGAGCAUUGAAUAGAUAUCACUAUGUAUGGAAUAACCCAGUGAACCCAGUCCUCCAAAGGUUCCUGUACAUGAAUUCUGGAAUAUUCUUUCAUUAUGGAUGAUAAAGGAUGAAAUGUAAAAUAUGGACAUGAAGGAAGGACAUGAAAUGCUGGCCAACUCGUUUGCAAUGUAAUUCUGUUGAAUUUAAUCAGUGAAAUCAUACUGGGAAUUUUUUGAUUUUAUUUAAGUAAUUUGUUAAUUUAUUUUCGCUGUGCUGUAAAUGUUUUGGAAUAAUGUUAUAGAACAGUGUUUUUAGUAAUGGAUUGAUAUUAUCAGACAGUUUUUGGCCAUUGGUUGGUUCUGUGCCCACUUGCUUGAAUAACAGAUGUCUUCAUUCCCACUCAAUUAGAAAAUCAUUCUGAAUGGAUAAUAACCAUUUUCUUUUUUCUUUUUUUGGUCAAAUAUAAAAAAACUAUUUUUAGAGCUUUUAACUCCCUUCCCCCCAAUGUGUGACCUCCGUUCACCUGAAACUGGUCUGUUAUCUGCUCCGUCAACCUGUUUAAGAUCCAUGGGAGAUUUUUCUUCACUAGCUCCAAAACUGUAACUUUUUACCUAUUAAAAUAAGGCAAGCGAAAUCUCUAGGCAUAUUUAAAUCUUGCCUUAAAAAUAAUUUCUUUAGGGUGACUCUUACUUGAAUUUUUUUUAUUAAAUCCAUAUUAUUCUAUUUUUGUCAAAGUAUUUUGGGAAUCGGAUUUUUUCUCUUCUUCAUUUUUAUAUGGUGUCUUUUGUUGAUUUAUUUGUUUAUCUAAAGCACUUUGAGAUGUAACAUUUAAAAAUAAAAAAAGAGGAUAUUAUUAAAGAUAUAUAAAGAUAUUAGAAUCAUCAUCAUCAUCUAUGUUACAUUUAUGUUUGUACCAUAAAUUAAUUUCUGUCUAUUAAAUCUGUUGCAUGUGGGAGAAACAGUUAAACGUGUUAAAGUGUGUUAAAAUUUCAUCAGUACCAUUAGCGGAUCUGCUGAUGAAAAAACAAAAAGCAUACUACAGGAAGUCAUGUCAGUUGCUAAGCAGUUUCUUACUUUUUUUUUUUUUUUUAAGUCAGUUGUCUCUAGAAAGAUGUGUUCCGUUUCUUUACAAGCCUUAAGAAGUGUAUAAAAAAAAACACUAUUUUAAUGUUCCAUCCAAAUUCUUCUUUUCACUUUGAAGUAGUUUGCUUAGUAGAGCUUAUGUUUUAAUGUUGUGAAGCUCAGAAUAUUAAUGUUUAUGAAAGAGAAGAUAUAUUGAAACGUACUUUAUUAAUAACUCAUCAAAUAAUGAUAAGAGAAUAAUGAUUUGAUAAGGGUAAUAAAGGAUCCUUUUCCUAUGUUGCAUAACCAAGUGAUCUUCUGAACCCUUUUGGAGGAAGUGCUUUCUUCCCUGCGGGAUAUUCACAGUGCUUUCUUUACAGGGUGAACUGGUAAUUGGGAAAGACCACUGGUGGGGUUUUCAGACAUACAUUCUUUGGUGUUCAUGUCAGUGGAAUAUCCCCAUUGACAGAAAUGACCACAUGUGGUGAACAGGGAGAAAACAGGCCUUGUAUUCUCUAGUCUGUGUACUUUUCUGCAAUGCAGUGUCCUUUGAAAUACUUUCAGGAUGUCAUCAUCCUGAACAACAGAAGGGCCUGUGUGUAUUACACAAACAUUGAAGAGCCAAACGUUUUUUACGCAGUUUUUUUUACAUGUCUGUAAACUGCUAAAGCAUAUUUGAAUAAAGUGACCCACUCUAGUGACAUUGUGAAUAGACAGUCCAUUUUGAAUAGAUUGGUUUCUUUGAUAGUUCUAUUAUUGUAAUGUGUUCUGAGGCCAUGCAUACAAAAAUAGGCACAUGUUUCCGACACGCUUCAGUUCCUCUACUGAAACAGAACAUGUGGUGAGCAUUAUUGUGUAAAUGACAGUAUGAUUGCAUUGUCAUGCAACAAUAUCAUCAUCAAUAUUCCAUCGGAUAUAUUUCCCAUGAGUCAUCAUUACAUGAAAGAAAAUAAACAAAAUGAGAGUAAAUGUAGUUGAUUGUCAGAAUUUCAGCUUUAUUUACAACACUUUCCGAAUGAGAAAAAUUGCAUUUUUGUUUGUUUCCAGUGCUUUUGUGUGUCUGUGUCGCUGUGUAUGACAUCUUUUUGUGAAGCCCCAGUCAGUUCUUUUUACUCAUGAUUUGCAUUUAGUGUUUUGAAAUGUGUUUUUGUUGUUCUUCUUUCUUUGGCUGGGCAAGUAGCAAAAAAAGUAGUGUGUGUGUAUGUUUCUAUAGUACCCCUCUAUAGUAGUUUAUGGUUGCGUGCAGUAGAAUAGCUUGUUAAAUUCUUAUGUGUCUACACAGACUUGUUUUGACAUGUCUUUCUUAGACUGGUUUGUCCACUUGAGAACUUGUUCGUGUAGGUUCAGGAGGAGCCUAAACAUUCAAUGCUUUCGGUCAUCAAGUAGAAAGCAUUGAAAUAAAAACAACUAGAGCUAACAAACACAAUUAAAUAUGCAUAUUUUGAAGGAUCUAAAGUAUAAUUAAAGCUGUGAAAAAUGG